UUUUUGUAAGGAAGCAGAACGUCUCGAAACGACGAGUCAGUUGGCGGAUGGUCCCGAGGGUCUAUACAUCGUUAGGAAACGCUGUAUCGGAAAUAUUGGGAAACAUGUUCGCUGGACAGAUAAAGAUCGUGUACUUAUUGCUCUUAUAUUGUAUCGUCGUACGAACCUACGAUGAUACAAGCCACGUCAUACGCAAUGAUAGUUACACGCAGACCAAGUUAAAGUCAGAUUCAGAGAUAUCCGAGAAAACUGUGACGGCCAAUGAUAAUGAUUCUCGCGAAUUGUUAUGGUGGAUCAAAGAUACGAUAGUCGAGCAAGUAAAUUUUGCACAUAAGUGGGUCUUAAAGAUGUUUCUCGAUGAAUCUUAUGAGAUCGUCGAAAGAUCUUUCAACGAAAUGCCGUCUUCGCUAAAUAGUCAGUCUUCUCAGUUGCCAUUAUCCGUGCAAGAGAGCAACAAUAGAUCGAAAGAUCAGGAGAUCGACCUUUUGAGAAAUAAGGCUAAUUUGACUCAAUCAAACGCGGAACCAGAGCUAUCCAAGGAAACUACGACGAACGCUAAGGAUUCUAUUCAAAUAUCGCUAUUAUCAUCGAUGCAGUUCUCGCUGCAAAAGAUGAUAAGUCAAUGGCUUAAUGAUAUAUCAAAUUCCAUGCUUGCUGAGAACGUGCUAAAGAAUGAACUGGACGCACUGGAAAAAGGUCGUCAAAGUAUAUCGCAAUUUUUUUCCCGGAUGCGCAAAUUGAAAAGGUUGCUGAAAUGGCGAUACGAUAAUGUAUAUUCACGAAAUACCAUCGCUAAGAAUAAAAGAGAGAUCUUUCAGCCUUCACUGAAAAAUCAGUCUCUAAUGCUGGUGAAUAAGAGCUACAACAAACCGAGAGUUCAAGAGACAAAGGACGACGAUGACAUCAUUGAACCCAUGAUCCUCGUAUCAAAAUUAGUCCAGAAAAACGCGCAGAUUAAAGGCGCGUCAGGAAUUCCAGCGAACGUUCAGGAUUAUAAAUCCCAAAUAUCGCAGUUACGGUCACACCAGUGGCAAUCGAUGGUAAAUCAAUGGACUAAUACUACAGCACCGUUAAACAUCACCAAGAUUUGCGAGGAUAUUUACAAGUAUUCACUGGAAAGGCAGUCUCCACUGUCCACGAAUGAGAGCAACAAGCUGAUAGAUAAGGAGAAUAAGACCGUCGAGAUUGUACCGGAGCAUGAUAAAUCGAGUAUGUUAUACCUGUUCUGUAUAAAUCAAAGCGAGAAAACCGAGGAAACUGAAAAAGGAAAACAAUCCAAGGAAACUACGACAGACGCUAAGGAUUCCUCCCAAAUAUCACGGUUGUUCUGGUCACGCCGAUUGCUAUCGACAAAGAACGACAGCGGACCGAAAGAUCAGGAGAUAAACGCCGGCGAGGUUCGUGAUAUCGAGUCGAACAGCGGCAACUGGAAGCGGAAUUACAUCAGGGACACUCAAGGUGAAGUCGAGCGUAUGACUGAGGAAAGGGACUCGUCGUCCAAUUUCGCGGUAUCUCCGAUUACCACGUCGCCCGAUAAUCAUCAAACUGUUACAGAAAAGAACGACAUGCCAAAGAUUCCCGAUGUGAUAUACGUAUACCCCGAAUCCGCCCGUCGUUCUACAGUAUCUCCGGUGACUUCCAGUGUGAUGUAUGUGUACCCCGAACCAGCGCGGCCGAUUAUCACCACUUCUAAAGUAUCGUACACAUAUGCCAACUCCACUUAUAAUCCCACAACAUCUCCUCCAAUUACAUUGUGGCCCGUUUAUUAUCCUCAAACUAGAAGAUACAGAGACACAAUGUGAAACGGAGAUGCAGCAUGUGACGCGCAUAUCUGACGAGUUCUUCGAUCCUUUUAGAUCCUAGUAUCUUCGAUAUUAUUAACUGUAUAGAAAAUAACAGCGUGCCACAUUGUAAAAAAAUUAUAUGUAAAAUUACAACAAUUAUAAGUGCGUAAUUUUGAGACCCACUAUUAAAGGUAUAUUUACAUAUACGUUCGUACAGUUACAACUUACAAAGUAAAUUAUUUUUCUUUAUAAUAGUUAAACAAUUUGCAGAAGUAAAUUUACAAAUAAAGUUCAAUUUAAAGAAAUAUUUAUUUAAUGAGAUAAAUUUUUCAUCAAUACUAUUAGAUAUGUAUUAACACUAUUCAAUUAUCUAAGCAAUAGAAUAAAUUUAAAUUUAUCGCAAAUGAAAGAGUUGCGAACAAAUUACAUACAUUUUUGCAAAAAUUUGUACAUUUAUACAAAAGUUAUAAACUAUUAAUGUUACUAUUAAUACUGUACUAUUAAUAUUAUAAUUGUUUACUUAAUAGAAAGAUAUGUUUACAGUUUUACACAAUUAGAGGAAAAAGUAUUAAUUUUUGUAAAAGUGUAUAUAUUUUUUAUGUACACUAUUUUUAUUACAAAUUGCGUAACAUAUCAUUUACGUAAUUUUACAUACUUUUUUUACAAUGCUAAAAUACAUAAUGUGACGCGCAUACCUAUAUGUAAAGAAUCCUUCGAUCAGUUCGAUCCUUCCUCAAUAUCUCCAAUUGUCACGUCGAUGUCGGCUGAUGGUGAUCAAUCUGUCAAAGAAUUAUCCGCUAAAGACGCACAAUGUUAGCAAUGACAAAAUUAAUAAUAAUUACAAAGUUGGUAAUAACAAAGUUUGUAUUCACUAUUCAAUUCACCAAUCAAUACGUUUGCCGAAUUUCACGGAAUUAAGCUUAUAUUAAACGAUGCAAUAAAGCAACAUAACAAAAUAAAAAUUAUAUCUAGAUACCCGAAGAUAGCAUAUUCGUCACAUGAUAAAUCGCUUAAUAAGCUUAUAUUAAACAAUGCAAUAAAACAACACAACAAAGUAAAUUAUAUCUGGAUACUCGAAGGUAGCAUAUGCGUCGCAUAAUAAAUCAGAUGUUUGAAAUUUAACUGUAUUAACUGUACGAUAAAUGCAGAGAAUAUGACAAUAUUAAAAAUUAAUUUAAUUCCUCGACUGGCAAUACGUGCUAGAUUCGUAGAUAUAUAGAUAAAUUUCUUUGUUUUAUACUUUUAUUUCGCGGAGCUAAGAAUUGCAAUUGAUUAAAUAAACAUUUAAUCAAUUGUGGUCAAACUUAUGCGUUAUAAAAUAAAUUGUUUGUACUUUUUGUGUAAAAUAAAAUACUUUUUAAGCAAUUAUAGAGUAAGUCUUAUAUACGAAACUAUCUGUAUAUCAAAUCCAUAGAAAAUUUUCGGGGAUCUAAUUAAUACUUUGUCAAUUCAUUUUUUUCAAAGAAAUUACGGAUUUUGAAUAAAAAAUUUAUGAAAUAUGUAUAAUGUUUUAUAGACAUGUUAUUUGGAAAGUUCGAUCUCGUUUGUCCUUCCCAAUAAUUUUCCAAAAGUUUCUUUCAAUUUUUAUCGUACGUAUAUCAGAAUUGAACAAAACACUUUAUAC